AUGACUGAUAAAACUGAGCCUGAGAUUGUCUUAUACGACCUGGCCUGCACUAAGAAUGUGUGUUUUUCUCCAGUCGUCUGGCGCAUUCGCUUAAUGCUCAACUACAAACGCAUCCCUUAUCGCACGAUCUUCCUCGAAUUCCCGGACAUUGAGCCCACUCUCAAGGAGCUCGGUAUCGCCUGCCACGACUCGGGUUCGGGAUCUAAACAUAAAUACACUGUCCCAGCCAUCUACCAUGUGUCUACCGAUACAUACAUCAUGGACUCACCGGCCAUUUCCAAGUUCCUCGAGUCAACGUACCCAAGCCCGCCGGUGCAACUGACGUCUGGGCUGGGCCGCGAGAUUGAACUUAAAGCGCGCACUACACUUGCUCCCGCCUUUGCGGCUUCAGUAAUGCCGCGUGAGAUAAACAUCCUGUCUCCGCGGUCGAAGGAGUACUUCCGCCGCACGCGCGAGGCUUUCAUUGGGCGCCGGCUUGAGGACCUAUGCGCUGACUCUGAAAAGGAGGAACAAGCCUGGGAUGCCAUCGCGGAUGACAUGCGUGCCGUCGGUGAGUUGAUGCUGACGAACAAGGCUGAAGGACCGUUUGUGCUAGGUGCCCAUCCAAGUUAUACCGACUUUUUCAUCACAGGAAGUCUCCAUUCAGCCAGGAUGGUAGAUGAGGCUGUGUUUCAGAGGAUUGUCAAAUUUUCUGGUUUCAAGGAUAUUUAUGAGGCAUGCCUACCUUACAUGGAGAAAAGGGAUUGA